AUGACUGCGAAUGUUGCAUAUCAGUUAGCUUGGAUGGAAUUAUUGGAUACAGAAAAUAGGUAUAUUCAUUUAUUACAAGAUGUUUAUGAUAAGGCCAUGAUAAACAAAGAAAUUGACUGUAAAACAUCAGUUGGUAUUACACAGAUUCCACUUACUCAAUUAAAACAGAAAUUACUUGGGAAUUGGUCUGAAUUACUCUCAUUUCAUAAAAUGCAUGUUCUACCUACAUUGAAAGAAUGCAAUGGAAAUGCUAAGAUGAUCAAAUAUUGGGCUUCUGUCAUGGCACCAUGCUUCAUUGACCUGUAUACUAUGUACUGUUUGUUCCAUGAAAAGACAAAACGACUAUGUACUUAUUUAGGAAACGUUUCAUGUAAAAGUGUGAAUUUAAAAAAACCAAAUGUAAAGAAUGAAACAAUUAGAAAUUAUAACACCAAUACCGAGUUAUUCAAAUCUCAACUAACCAAACCUGUACGACGUAUUCAGUCUUAUCAUGUAUUAUUGAAUAAACUUCAAAAAGAAGCGAACUUAUCUGAUGUUAAAUACUUGGACGAUGCUCGUCAAAUAUUCAACAGAAUAUGUGAUACAGUAAAUGUGACAAUGAAUCUGCGUGGUUUGACGGUAGCGCCAUCAAAGUUAGGACAUUUUUUGCUAGAAGCUGAUUUUACUGUUAACCAAACAAUCAAACCUACAAAGUCAAAACGACAUUUUCAUGUAAUUUUAUUUACUGAAAUGUUACUGUUAACAAAAUACCGUGUUUCGUUUAAAACAUCAAUUUCUAAUAAUAAGAGCUCUGAAGAUCAGUUUCCAAAUUUGGAUGAUUAUUUAGCAUUCUUUGAUUUUUCACAUAAUAGUAAGCUCAGUGGUAAUAAAUCAUAUGAAGUAGAAGAAGAACUUUGUCUACAUCAAAUUGGGUUAUUUUCAAAUUCACAUGAUCGAUGUUUCUCACUAUUUACCGAAAACUAUGGAUCCACUUAUACAUUUAAAUCAAACGAUAAUACAGUGAAACAACUAUGGACGAGUACAAUCAAUAAAUUACUUAUGAAUCAAUUGUACAAUUUACGAGUUAAUACGGAUCCACAAAUACAGACAUUCAAUAGAUUAUCGAUUUCAAGUAGUCACUUUUCUUGGCUGAAUCCAAAUUUACCAGUAAAUUCUAAAGUAAAGCAAUUAAAAGAGAAGUGA